GCCCCGUCGACGGGCUGCAGCCGCGCCACAGCCCCUCCUUCUGGGAUCAGCCAGCCCCGGGCCCCGGGCCGGGAGGCUGGGCAAAGCGCGCGGGGGCUAUAAGGCUCGUCGACGGCGGCAGAGAGGCAGCCCCCUCCAGGCUGGCCCAGACGGCUCUGGGCGGGGACUGGUCCGCCUUCGCCGCGCCUCCCUGCCGCCUGGGCCAUGAGCGCCCGCGAGCUGCCUCGCCAGCCCGCGCCCCGCGCUCCUCGCUCGCCCCCGACGGCGCCCGGCAGCCCCUUGGCGCCUUGGUCUCGGAGCAGCAGCAGCGCCCGGGACGCUCCCGCCAUGGCCGUCUACUGCAGCGAGGCUUUCAGCGUGUAUCCCCAAGCAGCAGCAGCCGCGGCGGCUGCGGGCACGUCGGGGCAGAGGCAGCCGGGCGCCGCGUACGCGCUGGGCGACUACGGGCCACCGCCGGGCGCGGGGGGCUACUUGUGGGGGGUGAGCGGCGCGGGCCCCUACGUGCCCAGCGGAGGGGGCGUCGGGGGUACCGCAGGAGGAGCUGCAGGAGGAGGAGGAGGUGGCGGUCCCGGGGGCUCGGGAGCCCCUUUCCUGCCCUACGGCUGCCCGCCGAGGGGCGUCGGGGCGCCGGCGCUCUUGGGCUCGGCUGCGGGGCCGGCGGGCGGCUCCGGGGCGCCGUCGGAGCUGGGCUGGCUGAGCCUGGCCAGCCAGGAGGAGCUGCUGCGCCUGGUGCGCCCACCCUACUCCUACUCUGCGCUCAUCGCCAUGGCCAUCCAGAGCGCGCCCGAGCGCAAGCUGACGCUCAGCCACAUCUACCAGUACGUGGCCGAGAAUUUCCCCUUCUACAAGCGCAGCAAGGCCGGCUGGCAGAACUCCAUCCGACACAACCUCAGCCUCAACGACUGCUUCCGAAAGGUGCCCCGCGACGAGGACGACCCCGGAAAGGGAAACUACUGGACCUUGGACCCGAACUGCGAGAAAAUGUUUGACAACGGGAACUUCCGGCGCAAGCGCAAGCGCCGCUCUGACCCCAGCAGCUCUACAGCACCAGCCACGGCUUCCACGCUGGGGACUCUUAAGUCGGAGGAAGGCCACGCCAUCCCUUUAGUCCCGGGGAAGCCGUGUGGGGAAAGCCCCUCCUCGGAUCUGGAGACGAUGGCGCCCAUGAGAGACCAUUCCAAGAGCGCCUCUCCGCCUGUGAUCGUCUCGCCCGCAGCCGGAUGCCUCAGCAGCUUUUUCAGCAGCAUGAACUCGCUGAGCAAUGGCGGGCGCCUGGCCGGGAGCCUCAGCGGUGACCUACACCACAGGAACCUCCCUGCGGGACAUCCGGGCGGCUGCAGCUUUGCCCAGGAAGUUGCCCCCGCGGAGCAGCUCCAGCGAGUUUCGGCGCCCGCUGCCACCUACUACAGCCCCUUCCACCCCGGCAGCGGGGGCCAGUCAGGCCAGUACAACCACUUAUACAACUUCACAGUCAAUAGUCUCAUCUAUGCCCGGGAGGGCACUGAGGUGUAGGGCCUUAAGGGGUCGCAGGAAGAGGCCAAGUUUACGUUUCUGCACCCAGGAAGAACGUGCCUUUCUUGUCGUUUCUGAAAACAGACUUCACGCAGGGACACCUGUAACGCCCAGGAGCGAAAGAUAUGGAUCUCUCUUUUUCAUAUAUAUUGGAAUGGGGGAAUUGUGCAGCCCAACCUGGACUAGACAACUAUCUUUCUCCCAGUUGCGUUUUGCAAACAGGCCACCGAGUUCUGCAAACGAGAGUCGUUCGGACUGAGCAAUUGGUGCUGAAAUGAAAUCGAAAUUAGGGCCAAAUAUAGAAGAAGAGUAGCCACCGAAGUACAGCUUGUUGCUUGGGUUUGUUGCUUGUUUCUUGAGUCUCUGUUUACAAGUGUUGUGGUGUAAGAGAGACAGAUGAAGAGAUUUUAUGAAGUGCCUUGAAAAAUGUAAUAAUAAUAAUAAUUCUAGUUGCCUUUGCCAGUAAUGGCUUAUUUGAAGCUUCUCUUAGCUCCUAAAGCUGACCUGACAGGUGCUUAUAUCUAUCCAGCCCCAGCCCCAUUUCUGCAGUCUACAGGCAGGCACCAAACUUAGGGU